GCGGGCGGCGCAGCGCGGGCCGGCGGGAAGCGUAUUCUGGGCACGGGGCGCCGGGCCGGGCCGGCCGCGCCGGGCGGCAGUAGUGGGAGGCCGCCUAAGGCCCCGCGCGGCGCCGCCCGUCGAGGGGCGGGCGGCGGCAGACCAACCGGGCCGUCGAAGGGCUCAGGAGGCCGGUGGGCCGGGCCGAGGCGGGCCGCGCGGCGCAGCCAUGCCAGGCUUUACGUGCUGCGUGCCGGGCUGCUACAAUAACUCGCACCGGGACAAGGCGCUGCACUUCUACACGUUUCCCAAGGACGCUGAACUGCGGCGCCUGUGGCUCAAGAACGUGUCCCGUGCUGGCGUCAGUGGGUGCUUCUCCACCUUCCAGCCCACCACGGGCCAUCGUCUCUGCAGCGUCCACUUCCAGGGCGGCCGCAAGACCUACACGGUGCGCGUCCCCACCAUCUUCCCGCUGCGCGGCGUCAACGAGCGCAAAGUAGCACGCAGACCCGCGGGGGCCGCAGCCGCCCGCCGCAGGCAGCAGCAGCAGCAGCAGCAGCAGCAGCAGCAGCAGCAGCAGCAGCAGCAGCAGCAACAACAACAACAACAACAACAGCAGCAGCAGCAGCAGCAGCAGCAGCAACAACAGCAGCAGCAACAGCAGCAGCAGCAGCAGCAGCAGCAGCAGCCGUCAGCCUCCACUGCCCAGGCCUCCCAGCUGCAGCCGAACCUGGUGUCUGCCUCUGCUGCUGUGCUCCUCACCCUUCAGGCCGCUGUAGACAGCAGCCAGGCCCCGGGGUCCGUGCCCCCAGCGCCCACCACUCCCACCGGCGAAGACGUGAAACCCAUCGACCUGACCGUGCAAGUGGAGUUUGCCGCUGCAGAGGGUGCAGCCGCCGCAGCCGCCGCGUCGGAGCUAGAGGCUGCUACGGCAGGGCUGGAGGCCGCAGAGUGCCCUAUGGGUCCCCAGUUGGUGGUGGUGGGGGAAGAGGGCUUCCCUGAUACUGGCUCCGACCACUCAUACUCCUUGUCGUCAGGCACCACGGAGGAGGAGCUCCUGCGCAAGCUUAACGAGCAGCGGGACAUCCUGGCGCUGAUGGAGGUGAAGAUGAAGGAGAUGAAAGGCAGCAUCCGCCACCUGCGUCUCACCGAGGCCAAGCUACGAGAAGAACUCCGCGAGAAGGAUCGGCUGCUGGCCAUGGCUGUCAUCCGAAAAAAGCAUGGAAUGUGAAUGGGUCCCCCUCGGCUUGCUGGACUCCUGGACCCCUCUCAGCCUACAGGGACCUUAGGCCGCUGCUGUUGAACUCCCCUAUACUCCUGGGGCACUGGUUGACAGUACUGAAGCUUAGGGCAGCUGGACUCUCUUGCUGGUGACCUGGCACCCUGUCUUGUUUUCUCCUGAAGCAAGGUCCUGAAGUCUGGGACCUCAGACUCUGUACAGGUGACACCAGCAAUUAUGACUUUGUCCCCCACUCCCCACCUCACCCCCAGUUUAUGUUGCAGGUUCUGGUUAAGCAGAGGCUUCAGAACCACUGAACUUGAAGAUUACCCACUCAGGAUGCAGGUCGGAUGCCCAAGACUAUGGGUUUGGGAAGACAACACCUUGAGGUUGGCCAGCAUUGAGACAACUCUUCCGUGUGUAGUGAUAAGAGAUCCAAGUAACAUCAGUUCUCCUUUUCAUGCUUUUCCUUCCCAGGUGCAGCCUGUGAUUCUGAUGGGGACUGGCAGAUCUGUGCCUCUGCCUAUAAGGACCUCCCUCCCCAGGAGGCCAUCUACAAGGGGAUCUAGGUGACCUGCUGAUGAAGAUCCAGCUUGCCAGGGACUUAGGUUUAUCCUGUUAUGUUUGCUACUGGUUACAAAUUCUAUUUUCUGUACAAUUAGUCAGACUAAAGUUUUCACUGUGUUUGUUUGGCAAAACGAAUUAAACAGAAAGUAAGGUUUUAAUUUGGGUUUCACCAUUUUAUUUUUAUAAAGAUUCAGUAUCCCUGAAAGGUGGGGAAAUAGACCUCCCAACAGGCCUCUACCUUAGGUCUCAAGGACGAGGCUG